GUCAGAAUAUCGGGCCGGCUGCUGAGCUCUUCUCUCCUGCAGGACCUUACCUGUUCCUUGCUCCAGCGUUGUAGUCUUCCCGCGCCGGUUUCUAGUGAAAAGGUCCGCAGUCUCUUGUCAUCCCCUGCACUGUCUGCAGUCUCUGGUCAUCUGUAUUAUGUCCCUGGUAUUUUCCCUGUACUAUAUCCGCAGUCCCUGGUCAUCUGUACUAUGUCCACAGUCUCUGGUCAUUCCCUGUACUGUGUCCGCAGUCUCUGGUCAUCUCCUGUACUGUGUCCGCAGUCUCUGGUCAUUUCCUGUACUAUGACUGCAGUC